AUGGCAACCCUCUGUCACGCUUUGGAAGCUGUGAGGCGAGAUUUAAGACGAACCGAUAGGGAAAUAAAGAGGCGCUUAAAGCUGAUAGACAUGCAUUGCUGCCAUAGGUACUGCGGUCCACCCUCCCGUUGCCUCUGUAACAUAAGCCUCCAUCCACAUUGCUGCUGCCUAAUUCACCCGUAUCCGCACUGCCUAUGUGACAUACUGUGCUGCCAUCCCUGUCGAACCCCCUGCCUCACAGCUUUGGAGCGGAAGGCAAUAAGAGCUAAAAUAGAAGCUGAGCAAGAACUGGCCAGGAUUCGAAGAAGGGUUACUAAGAUGCUGGCAACAUGUAGUCGCCCAAAGCUGUUAGCUUUAAUGGACGUUAAGGGUUUUGACCCAGAGGACAUUACGGUGAAAGUGCAAGAUGGGAAGGUUAAAGUUUCUGCUGAACACGAAGAAGAAUUCAAAACUUGUAGAGGGAAGGAGUACAACUAUUCCACUGUCACCAAGGAGAUCUGUCUGCCACCGGGAGUGUCUGACAAUGACGUCACUUACACCAUAGGACCCACCAGCCUUGUGAGGAUAGAAUCACCAGGCUCUGUGCCUCCUUGUCUCCUUAGUCUCCUUUGAAGACACUGGAUGAUUGGCGCUGGUAGCUGAUCAGCAUAAGGAUUUAAUACUGUAGAUC